CUUGAAGUGCAUUUUUACAACCCGUUUACAAACUGUGAUGUACAAGCGUCUCAUCUUCAUUGCUCCAGAUUACUCCAUCUAUCUCGGUCGCUCGCACCAGCUGUAUUGAGUAUUGUGUUCCGGAACCUUUUGUCUCCACAAGCCUUUCAGGAAAUGGAGUCCAUGGACGGGUUGACAGUAAAUUCCGUGUCCUGCACCAUUUCCGAUUGUCAACCGGCUGACUCGCCAAAAGUGUGUUCUAUUCAACGGUUGCCCAAGGAGGUGAUCGACCGAAUUGCUGCUGGCGAAGUUAUUCAGCGUCCUGUGAACGCUGUCAAAGAAUUGUUAGAAAAUUGCUUGGAUGCCGGCAGCACUCAUAUCGAGAUAACGGUUCGAUCCGGAGGGUUAAAGUUGCUUCAGGUGCAAGACAAUGGCAGUGGGAUCCGCGUGUCCGACUUACCGCUUCUUUGCGAGCGAUUUACAACCAGCAAACUCAGAGAGUUCGAGGACCUCAGUAAACUGACCACUUUUGGUUUCCGAGGUGAGGCUUUGGCAAGCCUAAGUCAUGUCUCUCUGCUCACUGUGACUUCGCGAACUGCGCACGAACAGUGCGCAUACCGCGUGUCUUAUCGCAACGGCAAACCCACAGAAAGAGCAAUCGCUUGCGCUGGAAACCAGGGAACAACAAUUUUAGCUGAGGAUUUAUUUUACAACACACCGCUUCGUCGCGCUGCUUUGAACAACCCUCGUGAAGAGUUUUCACGAAUAGCGGAAGUUGUGUCCCAGUGA